AUGGCGACGCCUGACUUUGGUCGGCUACCCGAAUUCAGCGGCAGCUCCGGCUCCUGGAGAUCCUGGUAUGGGAGGCUACAGUUCUUCUUCGAGGCUAACGACAUUACGGACGCUUCCAAGAAACGUGCUCAUCUGCUAACGUUAUGCGGGGAACAGACUUACGACGUCGUCUGCGCCCUCGUUCAACCCAAGCAGCCCAACCAAGUGAGCUACGAUGACAUAGUCGAGAUACUCAAGGCGCACUUUGAUCCACAGCCGUCUGAGGUCUUCUGCAGGGCACGCUUCCAACGUCGUGACCAACGGCAUGACGAAACGGUCAGUGAUUACGUAACAGCGCUCAAGAAGCUAGCAGCAGAUUGCAAUUUUGGAACAAGUGUAGACGCUGCGGCGAAUCCAACAAUGCUGCCUCUUGAUGUAAUGCUGCGUGAUCGUUUCGUUUGCGGUCUUCGGAACGAGCAGGUCCAGCAACGGCUGUUCGCAGAAAAGGACUUGACAUUCAAGAGAGCCUUUGACAUUGCACUGCGAGCUGAAAACGCCGUCGAAGAUCAGAAAAACGUGAAAACGGAAUUCAGAGAGACUCACGAAGCCUGCACAAGUAUCGGCAAGACAGAAAAUCAACGUCACUCGAGUGCCUCUGCCCAAAAGAAGAAACAACACUGUUGGCGUUGUGACGCGCAGCAUAGUCCGGACACUUGCAAGUUUCAGACAGCUUCCUGCAACUACUGCAAGAAACGCGGACACAUUGAAAAGGCCUGCCUGAAAAAGCGGAAAGAGGCAAGAACAAACAAGAACAACAGCAUCGAAUAUACCCGACAAGGAACUGCGAAAGUGGCCUCAGCACCAGUCACGACUCAACAGGAUUCACCAGACGUGGCACUUUACGAGCUCAACACCUUAAUCGACGCGUCCAGCACGCAGGUCAUGACUCAACUGCGCAUACAUGGCAAGACCUUGGAGUUCGAAGUCGACUCGGGUGCAGCAUGCACACUCAUCAGUGAGGCCACGUUCAAAGCCACGUGGACAGAUGACCCACCACAGCUUCAAAUGGACAACAUUCUCCUACGCACAUGGUCAGGCGAGUCCCUCCGAGUUCUCGGAUGUGCAACGGUGGAUGUAGAGCACAAGAAAAAGAAUUUCACACUACCGCUUGUUGUCAUCAAAGGAGCAGGUUGUAACCUCCUCGGACGAAACUGGUUUCCUCAUCUGGGUAUACAGAUCACGGGCAUCAAUGACGUAUCAGACGACAAACUUGUUUCGAAGCUUCUAGACAAGUACCAGUCUGUGUUCAACGAGGACAUCUCAGGACACGUCGGUCCUGCGGUACAACUUGAACUCGUGGAAGGAGCGAAACCAAAGUUCCUAAAAGCACGACCAGUUCCUUUCGCGCUGCGAUCAGCUGUACAAGCUGAAUUGGAUCGACUGCAAAGUCAAGGCAUAAUCGAGCCUGCGCAGCAUUGGGAUUGGGCAACGCCUCUCGUACUUGUUCGAAAGAAAAACGGCUCGUUGCGAAUAUGUGGUGACUACCGUUGCACAGUGAACCAGGUAUCGAAGAAGGCAGACUACCCACUUCCAACAACGGAUGAAGUCCUUAGCCCCUUGAGGGGAGGCAAGGUAUUCAGCACCCUGGAUUUGGCACAAGCUUAUCAGCAACUUCACGUAACGCCAGAGACAGCAGAGAUACUGACCCUGAACACGCUGAAAGGGCUUUACAAGGUGAAACGAUUGCCUUUCGGAAUCUCUGCAGCUCCAGCCAUUUUUCAACGCUUUAUGGAGACUAUGCUGUCUGGCGUUUGCAUCACAGGCGUUUGCGCAUACCUAGAUGACGUGAUCAUCAGUGGAAAAGACGCCACUGAAUACGCCGAGAGACUGGAAGAAGUUCUGAAGAGGCUGCGCAAUUGCAACCUUCGUCUCGGCAAAAACAAGUGCUGCUUUGCAGUGCGAGAAGUUUCUUUUCUGGGACACCGAAUUGACGAGACAGGCGUCCACGCCAACGAAGAGAAAGUUCGAGCAAUAACGGAGGCUCCAGCACCAAACUGCAAGCGAGCACUUCAAUCAUUCCUUGGAAUGCUGGCUUUCUACGACAGGUGCUUGAAGAACAGGGCAACAAUUGCCAGCUGUCUCUACCAGCUCCUUCAGAAGGACGCCACGUGGAGAUGGGAGACCAAGCAUCAAGAAGCAUUCGAUAAACUGAAGAGAUUGCUUCUCAGUCAGACCGUACUGGCACACUACGACGAACAGAAGGAGCUUCUCGUCUCAUGCGACGCUUCACCGUAUGGCUUAGGAGCUGUUCUGUCUCAACGUGAUGACCAGAAUAGAGAGGCGCCAAUCGCUUUCGCAUCUCGGACGCUAGGGACAGAGGAACGCAAUUAUGCUCAGUUGGACAGAGAAGGCCUUGCCGUAGUGUUUGCUGCACACAAGUUCCACAAGUAUAUUGCGGGAAGGAAGGUGACUUUCGUCACGGAUCAUCAACCGCUUCUCGGCAUACUGGGUCCAGGGAAGCCAACGGCUCAAGUACUCUCACCACGCAUGACCAGAUGGUGCAUCAAGUUGUCGGCCUAUGACUACAACAUCGUCUACAGGCAUGGCAAGAACCAUCAAAACGCGGACGCGUUGAGCCGAUUGCCACUACGAGAGCGUCUCGAUGAACCCUGGCCACCAGGCGACGUACUAUUGUUCGAAGCUUUGUCGAGACCUCCGUUCACUGCUACAGAGAUAGCACGUCUGACACAAGAAGACAGCAUCCUGCAGAGGUUGUACAAGGCAGUGCAGGAUGGCACAGUGGAGAAACUCACUGGAGAUGAGUUCACUCCUUACCGACGACGAGCGACCGCACUAGCAUUUCAUCGCGAGUGCCUGACACUUGGAUCACGGGUGAUCAUACCGAGCUCAGCACGAUCCCACGUUCUGGCACUUCUGCACGCUGGUCACCGAGGCAUGGUAGCCAUGAAGAAGUGCGCAAGGAGCUACGUAUGGUGGCCCGGAAUCGACAAGGUUAUCGAGGAAACGGUGCGACAGUGCCGUGAAUGCCUUUCAACGCAGAAGAGCCCACCCAAAGCUCCUAUUCCCUCCUGGGACCGUCCCAAGACACCAUGGCACACGGUGCACGUUGACUUCGCGGGGCCACUACUCGGGUGCACCUACUUGGUUGUUGUGGAUGCACACACAAAGUGGGUGGAAGUCCGGCACGUGACGCAAGCAACAUCCGCGGUUGUCAUCGACGUGCUACGAAGCAUCUUUGCUACGUUUGGCAUUCCCCGAAAGGUCGUCUCCGACAACGGAAAAGCCUUUAUUUCCAACGAGAUAAGGCAGUUCUAUACGGCAAAUGGCAUACAGGCUACAACAUCACCAGCUUACCAUCCUGCCACAAACGGCCAGGCAGAACGCUAUGUGGCAGAGCUGAAAAGAGCACUCCUGAGAGAUACAGACUAG